UGGCUGAUUCUGUGUUUGGUUCUGAAUUCGCUGUUGAUACGGUUGUUGAUAUGGUUGUUGAUAAGAUUGUUGAUAAGACUGUUGAUAUGAUUGUUGAUAUGAUUGUUGAUAUGACUGUUGAUAUGAUU